CGAGAUUCAAGUAUUUUAGGAUAUUUACUUCCGUUUGUAAACGUGCAAUUUAAUAAACUAAGAUUUAUAUUCGAACGGUUUCAACUUGUUAUCAGUUCUAAAUGAUAUUAAAUACAGAAGGUCAAGUAUGAUUCUUCUAAUUUGGGAUAUUUUGUCGAUUUUUUGCCAGUUUCAAGAGCUAAAAGGCUUGCAAGCUACAUCACCAUACUACACAUCACAAAACAGCUUAACAUGGAUAAAUGCGGCGAACAGGUGCACCCUUUGGACGCCAUCAGUAGAGUUUUCAACACUCAAAGUAAAUAUCGCAAAGGAAUAUAUAACUGAAGAUUUGUGGGUAGGGUAUCACUUAGCGGACGCAACAUUUGAUUUCCUAGGUUGCUGGUACAUAGGAAAACACAAAGCAGUGCUUGCAUACAACGUUAGUUUUCUUGGACGGUGCUAUGCAGCAUGUGGAAGUACUGUAUACAUUGGUUUAAGCAAAUCAGGCUGUUUUUGUACUGACACGAUAACUACGAAAGGUAAUCAAGUAUCAAACUGUAAAGCACGUUGUGGUGAGCAGUAUACACCGUGUGGAAGAUAUGACUACAUGGCAUUGUACAAAGUUCAUUUGAAUGAUAAUGGUAUUGAUCGGCUCGACGAUGAGAACGAACUUCCAUUGAACAUAUCUGUACAUAAAUGUCUGGGACGCAAAGGUCAAAUUACAUCUUCAGAAAAAUUGAUAUCAACACGAAAUGGUACUGCUCUUUGUUGGACAUGGAACACUAUACGCAGAGUCAUUUUAAAAUAUAAUGCAUCUUCUUUUGACGCGAGAACCUUUAAUAAACUAAUACAGGUACCAUUCGGAUAUAUUUACAAAGUUACAGAUGGUCAAGUACUGCUUAGAUUCGCAACGAAUGCGCAACGAAAGAGAGCACUAUGCACGGGAGAUCCAUUUACGCCAACAGAUCAUUCUGCAGACGGGAACCCAGGUUUCAGUGUUACAGUCAGCAUAAUAACAGCAAUCAUCAGUAUAGUUGUUGCGGCCACUAUUGUCGCAGUGUUGACAGUAUUGCUAAAGAAAAAGCGGCGAACGAAUCAAGGAACACGUCUGGCAAAAGUUAGACACGUAUCAGAACAUACAAGUUAUAUAACACCUAUUUCUGAUGAAGCAGGAGAUGGGGCUUACACAACAAUACAAGAUAACGGCCCAGGAGGAGCCAGUGAAGAAGUCGGAAUACAAAAUCCACAAAAGAUUGUUUAUGAAUCAUUGGGUGAAAGAAACGACGAGGAGAAACAGCUAUGGAACAGCAAAUACACAAAGAAGUGCUUAUGAGUCAUUAGGUGAAAGACAUGAUGAAGAACACAACUAUGGAACACCAAAUACACAUAGUAAUGCUUAUGAGUCUUUGGGUGACAGACAUGAAGAGGAACACGUCUAUGGGACACCAAACACACAAAGGUUAGCUUAUGAGUCGUUAGAUGAAAGGCAUGAUGAGGAACACAGCUAUGAAGAAUCUGUCCAAGCAACAAGCGGAUUUAAUGAGCCAUUAGAAGAAGAAAAGAUGGACACACACAACUAUGAAAUAGCUGUGCAGCCCAGAGAAUUAGCAUAUGACUCACUAGGAGAUAAAGAAAAAGAAACCCACUGCGACGGAACAUCACACCAAAUAGCUAAUGUUGAAACUUAUGAAUGGGUUGAGUAAACCUACUAAUGUACGCAUGAACGGAAUACAAUACACUUUUACAAAAUAUAUAUGAAAUUAAAGCAACUCUAUAUAGAUAUCUGUAACAAGAAUUUUUUAAAUUGUUUGUCAUGUGUCAUACCUGCAAGUACUUGUAAAAUUUACGAAUAUAGACCAAUCAGAAAUAAAUCUUUACUCCUAAAAACCA